CUCGGGCUGAUAACAACUAAACUUCCUAAUUUUUCAAAGGUGAAAAAAAGUGAACAAAAAAAAAUCUAUUUUUUUUUUCCAAAACCAAAAAAUUAGAAGAGAACGAUGGAUUUGAGCAAGCUGAAGAAGAUGGAGGAUGUGGUGCGCAUUGGCGGCAAGGGAUCGGUGCGCCGCAAGCACAAGCACGUCCAAUCCUCGCCAGCGGUGGAGGAGAAGCGCCUCCAGGCCACGCUGGCCAAGUUGUCGCUGAACCAGGUGCCCGGCAUCCAGCAGAUCACCCUGGAGAUGAACGACUCCAGCGAGAUACUGCUAAUGAGCCCCAAGGUCCAGGGCUCGGUGGCCAGCAAUGUGCUUGUGCUCAGCGGCGACUUGGUUCGCUCCAAUCCGUCGAGUUCAAAGUCGCAGCCUGCUGCGACCAUCCAAUCCCAGGCCAGCCAGGAGCAGCCAUCCCAGGUGACCAGCCAGGUGACCAACCAGGUGACCAAGAAACCCAAGAAGCCGCGCAUUCGCAUUCGUUGUCGCAACAAGAAGGCCCGGAACAUGCUCGCCCAGGCCGAGGAGGCUAACAAAAAGGAGGCCGAAGUGGUCAAGGAGCAGGAUCCCCAGGCAGGCGGGGAUUCCCCGGCCAAGGAUGUCCACCCUCUGGAGCAGAUCGCCGAGGAGGACGAGGAGGAGGAGGAGUUCUUCGAGGUGGGCUCCAAUUUGAGCGCCGAUUCCGAUAACACCAAAGUCCCCUCGGAUGAGGGAUGGUCAGAUCAGACCGUUGUCGGCGAUGACGAUUCGCUGGGCAGCUGGGAUACCGCCCCUUCUGGGCAUGAUUCAGAUCCUAACCAUGCUGAUGAUGAGUGCGAUGGCUGGGCCGAUCGCUCUUACUAUUCCGAUGAUGAUUACCCCACUGAGGUGCCUCGUCCUGGGACUCCACGUGGCCCCUUUUCCGACGACGAACUCGAUGCCUUGACUCCAAUGAAUCCCUAUACCGGAUCCUCCGACGAAGAGGACAAUAUCCAGGCCUAAUCCUACCCAAUUUUGGACUGUCGGCCUCCAACAAGCUGGCAAAAUGCAAAAAAUAUGCAUUCAUGGCCUGCCUCGAUUUGUUAUUUAUUUUUAAAAGCAAUUUGGUAUCUUUGUAAGUCAAAAAUUAA